UUACCUAUGCAGAUUCGGGGUCCUUCGCCGAAAGGGAGAGAAAUCCGGGAGAUCCAUACUCAGGGCCAGGAACUCUGUACCCAUUAAAGCGUACAUCUUCACGUGUGUUCUGUACAGACUGGCUGCAACGUUACAUAUUUCAACACUGAAGAUGGAGGCAGCAUAUUACUCCGGAACGUCGGUAUCUUCUUACAAGACUAUACGAAGUCAGAACGCAGAAGACCAUAAUAUGAAAAAUUGCCGCAGCGGAAACCUCAAAAUAUGUGACAUGAGAAACAACCAAUCAAACAAACUUGUGUCUUAUGAGAUGCACCAUGGGAUCUUGAGAGGAGGCUCACCGCCAUUCUACACGACAGGCUCCGAGAUAAUUGUUCAGCUGUUCUGUGAGGUUCGUUACAAUGCUCGCAGCUUAUCUUCGGUUCAAAGGAUUCCUUGGACCGGGGAUCAACCCGCAGCAAGGCCGCUGACUACAAUGGACAAAGCAAAACAUAGAAAAUCGCAGACAGACUUCCGUGCCUAAACUGGGAUCCAAAUCUACAAUCCCAUUAGUUCGAGUUGGCGAAGAAAUUUAGUGCAACAAACCAUGCGGCCAUUGAAUAUUAUUAAGAUGGUCAGAUUGAAGUGGUUGAGAUAUUCGAGACAUAAAUAAGACGUAAGAUAAAUUGAUAUUAUAUUUUAUGUGAAAUCUGAAGGGAAGAGGCAGCUUGGAAAGUCGUGGCAUAGAUGGAACGAUAAUAUUAAAAUGGAUAAUGGAGAAAUAUGUUAGAUUGCGCAUAGGAUUCAUCUGGCUUAGAUAGGAUCCACGAGCCGAGAGUUCUUAUAAACAUCAUAAUUAAAUUUCGGCCUUAAAAAAUGCCGUUUCUUGUGAACACAGUACUAAAUGUCGAGUUCUAUUAAUUAAUUUAUUAAUUCUUAAUUUAUUUCAACGACGCUGGCAGUAACUCGGGCUGUAUAGUGUCGAAAGGUUUGAUGACCGCGAACAAUGAAUCUGAAAGGAUGUCGAAGGAAGUAGUCGUGAGUCUCUUUUCUAUUCCGAUAUUUACCUGGAGAGACUGAGAAAAUUCACAAAAUACUUCAGUUAGUCUAGUCGGAGUCCCGGCCGAUACUCAAUGCGGGCACCUCCUGAAUACAAUUCAGAAGCUUUACCACUUAAGUCAAUCUUCUUGAUGACUUUCAUUAAAUAGAGGAAAUUUCUGACCGAGUAACAGUUUCUCCGUAAUAGCUCCGCUUCAUAUUGUCAUUUGAUAGUUAUAAUCAGGAACUCCGUGGUUUUAGUCCGCAAGCGAACUAUACCGACCGAGCGACCGUUGCUUAUCGGCGAAAUUAAUGCGAAAUUUUGGGGAUAGAGAGUGUCACGUGG